GUUGGAUGGUUCUCUUACCUUGGGAGGAUCUUGCUCGGCCACUGGUCACCUGCUAGCUAGACUACCAAAGUUCGCAAUCUAGCUUGGAUCCAAUACUGUACAGCCAUUGCAUUGCAAAGAAAAACUGUCCUCUCCUUGUUCUGCUUUCUUCUAUUAAAAAGUUCAACUCAGCUCCUCGUUCCACUACACUACACAACACAACCAUGAAACUGGAAGAUAUUCCCCUCGUGCUGCCACUGGCAGAAUGGGUUUGGGGAGCCGAUCCCACAGACAGUGUGUCUCCAACGGUUUGUUUGGAUCUGGUGCCCUACGGUUUGGGGACAUUCUUCAGUGGAGGGUGCUUUUCCGUUCUCUUUGCCAAGGCGCUGGGUGUGUCAAUUAUUCUGGGAGCAUGUCUCAACAAGGCACCCGUCAUGGUCAAUAUGUGGAAUUCUCAGUCCGGGGCUGGAUUUUCCAGACUCAGCAUGUACAUGGAGACUGUGGUCUAUGCCAAUGGCGCUGCCUAUGGCAUGCUCGAACUGCACCCCUUUACGGCCUACGGCGAAAAUAUGGCACUCUGGUUGCAGAAUUUAAUUCUGAUUGGAAUGAUUUGGAAAUUUACCGACAAUCCAUUGGUACCCCUGCAAGAAAAAAUCAUGGCGGCUGCUGGAUGUUUUGUCUAUUAUGGUUUUGUGAUCAGUAUCCCUGUGGAUUUACGAUACUUAUUGCAAGCUUCCAAUGGUGUUAUUUUGAUGGUGUCGCGAGGAGCUCAAGUGUUUGAAACCUACAAAGCUCAACACACGGGGGCACAAUCCAUUGUCACCAAUUCACUGAAUCUGGCGGGAGGUUUGGCACGAAUCUUUACCACCAUGAAAGAAACAGGAGACAUGGCAGUUCUGUUUGGGUUUGCCGUCAGUGUGGCACUCAACUCGGCCAUGUUCGUCCAGUACUUUUUGUAUCAGGCAAAUACCGAAAAGUUCUUGGCAGAUCUGCAAGCACAGAAAAAGGCAAAGACAGAAUAGUGGAGCAAAAAGGCA